AUGAGAAAGGGAUCCGCUCCUCCGGACGGACAGACUAAUGAUCCAGGACCUAAGCUAGCUACAGAACGUGGACCAGUGGCCGCUGAACGUGGACAGGUCCGGUGCAGGACUGAAGCACUCCCAGGCGGCCACGACUCCGUGAAGCUGAUCAAGUUCGCGGACGACACCACCCUCAUUGGACUUAUCUCCAACAACGAUGAGUCCGCCUACAGGAGGGAGGUGGACCGGCUGGUGUCCUGGUGCAGUGGUAACAACCUGGAGCUGAACGCCCAGAAGACAGUGGAGAUGAUUGUGGACUUCAGGAAGAGCACUGUCCCCCCGCCCCCACCCUCCGUGAUGGACUCCCCCAUCACCUCUGUGGAGUCCUUCCGUUUCCUGGGCACCACCAUCACCCAGGACCUCAAGUGGGAGCCGACCAUCAGCUCCCUCAUCAAGAAGGCCCAGCAGAGGAUGUACUUCCUGCGGCAGCUCAGGAAAGCCAAGCUGCCUGCACAGAUGUUGGUGCAGUUCUACACGGCCAUCAUCGAGUCCAUCCUCACCUCCUCCAUCACCGUGUGGUUCGCUGGAGCCACAGUCAGGGACAAACAGAGACUACAGCGCAUUGUGCGCUCUGCAGAGGAAGUGAUCGGCCGCAGCCUUCCAUCGCUGCAGGACCUGCCACAGAGCGCAGCGGGACGAGCCAGAGCGCAGCGAGCCAGAGCGCAGCGGGACGAGCCAGAGAGCGCAGCGAGCCAGAGCCAGAGCGCAGCGGGACGAGCCACAGAGCGCAUUGGGACGAGCCAGAGAGCGCAGCGGGACGAGCCAGAGCGCAGCGGGACGAGCCAGAGCGCGCAGCGGGACGAGCCACAGAGCUCAGGGGACGAGCCAGAGAGCGCAGCGGGACGAGCCAGAGAGCGCAGCGGGACGAGCCAGAGAGCGCAGCGGGACGAGCCAGAGAGCGCAGCGGGACGAGCCAGAGAGCGCAGCGGGACGAGCCAGAGAGCGCAGCGGGACGAGCCAGAGAGCGCAGCGGGACGAGCCACAGAGCGCAGCGGGACGAGCCAGAGCGCAGCGAGCCAGAGCGCAGCGGGACGAGCCAGAGAGCGCAGCGAGCCAGAGCCAGAGCGCAGCGGGACGAGCCAGAGAGCGCAGCGGGACGAGCCAGAGAGCGCAGCGGGACGAGCCAGAGAGCGCAGCGGGACGAGCCAGAGAGCGCAGCGGGACGAGCCAGAGAGCGCAGCGGGACGAGCCAGACAGCGCAGCGAGCCAGAGCCAGAGCGCAGCGGGACGAGCCAGAGAGCGCAGCGAGCCAGAGCCAGAGCGCAGCGGGACGAGCCACAGAGCGCAGCGAGCCAGAGCGCAGCGGGACGAGCCACAGAGCGCAGCGGGACGAACAAGAGCGCAGCGAGCCAGAGCCAGAGCGCAGCGGGACGAGCCAGAGCGCAGCGGGACGAGCCAGAGCGCAGCGGGACGAGCCAGAGCGCAGCGGGACGAGCCAGAGAGCGCAGCGAGCCAGAGCCAGAGCGCAGCGGGACGAGACCACAGAGCGCAGCGGGACGAGCCAGAGAGCGCAGCGGGACGAGCCACAGAGCGCAGCAGGACGAGCCACAGAGCGCAGCGGGACGAGCCACAGAGCGCAGCGGGACGAGCCACAGAGCGCAGCGGGACGAGCCACAGAGCGCAGCGGGACGAGCCACAGAGCGCAGCGGGACGAGCCACAGAGCGCAGCGGGACGAGCCACAGAGCGCAGCGGGACGAGCCACAGAGCGCAGCGGGACGAGCCACAGAGCGCAGCGGGACGAGCCACAGAGCGCAGCGGGACGAGCCAGAGCGCAGCGGGACGAGCCAGAGCGCAGCGGGACGAGCCAGAGCGCGCAGCGGGACGAGCCACAGAGCGCAGCGGGACGAGCCACAGAGCGCAGCGGGACGAGCCACAGAGCGCAGCGGGACGAGCCAGAGCGCAGCGAGCCAGAGCGCAGCGGGACGAGCCACAGAGCGCAGCGGGACGAGCCACAGAGCGCAGCGGGACGAGCCACAGAGCGCAGCGGGACGAGCCACAGAGCGCAGCGGGACGAGCCACAGAGCGCAGCGGGACGAGCCAGAGCGCAGCGAGCCAGAGCGCAGCGGGACGAGCCACAGAGCGCAGCGGGACGAGCCAGAGCGCAGCGAGCCAGAGCGCAGCGGGACGAGCCAGAGCGCAGCGAGCCAGAGCGCAGCGGGACGAGCCACAGAGCGCAGCGGGACGAGCCAGAGUGCAGCGAGCCAGAGCGCAGCGAGCCAGAGCGCAGCGGGACGAGCCACAGAGCGCAGCGGGACGAGCCACAGAGCGCAGCGGGACGAGCCACAGAGCGCAGCGGGACGAGCCACAGAGCGCAGCGGGACGAGCCAGAGCGCAGCGAGCCAGAGCGCAGCGGGACGAGCCACAGAGCGCAGCGGGACGAGCCACAGAGCGCAGCGGGACGAGCCACAGAGCGCAGCGGGACGAGCCACAGAGCGCAGCGGGACGAGCCACAGAGCGCAGCGGGACGAGCCAGAGCGCAGAGCGCAGCCAGAGCGCAGCGGGACGAGCCACAGAGCGCAGCGGGACGAGCCACAGAGCGCAGCGGGACGAGCCACAGAGCGCAGCGGGACGAGCCACAGAGCGCAGCGGGACGAGCCAGAGCGCAGCGGGACGAGCCAGAGCGCGCAGCGGGACGAGCCACAGAGCGCAGCGGGACGAGCCACAGAGCGCAGCGGGACGAGCCAGAGCGCAGCGAGCCAGAGCGCAGCGGGACGAGCCACAGAGCGCAGCGGGACGAGCCACAGAGCGCAGCGGGACGAGCCACAGAGCGCAGCGGGACGAGCCACAGAGCGCAGCGGGACGAGCCACAGAGCGCAGCGGGACGAGCCAGAGCGCAGCGAGCCAGAGCGCAGCGGGACGAGCCACAGAGCGCAGCGGGACGAGCCAGAGCGCAGCGAGCCAGAGCGCAGCGGGACGAGCCAGAGCGCAGCGAGCCAGAGCGCAGCGGGACGAGCCACAGAGCGCAGCGGGACGAGCCAGAGUGCAGCGAGCCAGAGCGCAGCGAGCCAGAGCGCAGCGGGACGAGCCACAGAGCGCAGCGGGACGAGCCACAGAGCGCAGCGGGACGAGCCACAGAGCGCAGCGGGACGAGCCACAGAGCGCAGCGGGACGAGCCAGAGCGCAGCGAGCCAGAGCGCAGCGAGCCAGAGCGCAGCGAGCCAGAGCGCAGCGAGCCAGAGCGCAGCGGGACGAGCCACAGAGCGCAGCGGGACGAGCCACAGAGCGCAGCGGGACGAGCCACAGAGCGCAGCGGGACGAGCCACAGAGCGCAGCGGGACGAGCCACAGAGCGCAGCGGGACGAGCCACAGAGCGCAGCGGGACGAGCCAGAGCGCAGCGAGCCAGAGCGCAGCGGGACGAGCCACAGAGCGCAGCGGGACGAGCCACAGAGCGCAGCGGGACGAGCCACAGAGCGCAGCGGGACGAGCCACAGAGCGCAGCGGGACGAGCCAGAGCGCAGCGGGACGAGCCAGAGCGCAGCUGUCUAAACGGCCGCUCAGGCCCGGAAGUUCAUAA